AUGGCACCGUUUAGUGCUUUGUAUGGGAGGAGGUGUAGAUCUCUCAUUGGGUGGUUUGAUGUAUUUGAGGUGAGACCGUCGGGUACUGAUUUGUUAAGAGAAUCGUUAGAGAAGGUCAGGUUCAUUCAGGAGAAACUUAUAGCGACUCAAAGCAUACAAAAAGAGUAUGUGGAUUGGAAAGUUAGAGAUAUGCACUUUAUGGGGGGUGAGCAAAUGUUGCUCAAAGUUUCACCCAUGAAGGGUGUCAUGCGUUUUGGGAAGCGAGAUGAAAACCUCUCAUAUGAAGAGGAACCUAUUGCUAUUAUUGAUAGAGAUAUCCGUAAGUUGAGGACUAAGGAGAUUGUGUUGGUGAAGGUCCAGUGGAAGAAUCGUCCUAUUAAGAAGGCCACUUGGGAGACUGAAGCGGACAUGUGUAGCAAGUAUCCACAUAUUUUUGUGGAUUCAGGUAAUUCCUUGUUUUGCCUUCUUGUCUUAAGUUUGUCCGUUCGGGGACGAAUGAUUAUUUAA